AUGCCUCUCCUCUUCUUGCUGCUCCUGAUGCCAAGCCUCUCAUAUCCCCAGAAUACCUGUACUAUAUCCAAAGUGGCCAGCAAGGUAGAAGCGAACUGUGAGACACAGGGCCUAAAGACACUGCCUCCAGAUCUACCUGCAGACACAGCCAUCCUGCACCUGGGUCAAAAUCCCCUGGGCUCCUUCUCCACAACUUCUGUGGUGUCUCUAACUCACCUCACCCAGCUGCACCUGGAUCACUGCCAGCUGGCCAAGCUGCAGGUUGAUGACAAGCUGACAGGGCUGGAGACCCUGAUUCUAUCCCAUAAUCAGCUGAGAAGCCUGCCCCCGCUAGGGCAGGCACUGCCAGGGCUCAUUACCCUAGACGUCUCCUGGAACAAGCUGACCUCACUGUCUGAAGGGGCCCUGGCCAACCUGGGCCAACUCCAAGAGCUCUAUCUGCAAGGCAAUGGGUUGAAGGCUUUGCCCCCAGAGCUUCUGGCACCCACACGGAAGCUUAAGAAGCUCAAUCUCUCUGAAAACAAUUUGGAAGAGCUGCCUCCUGGACUCCUGGAUGGGCUGGAGGAUCUCGACACCCUCUACCUCCAAAAGAACUGGCUGCACAUGAUACCGAAGGGCUUCUUUGGGGACCUUCUUCUGCCUUUCACGAUCCUCCACAGCAACGUCUGGCAAUGCAACUGUGAGAUUUCCUAUUUCAGUCGCUGGCUGCAGAACAACAUGAACAAUGUCUACUCACUGAAGGAGGGCACAGAGGCCAAGGCCAUGACUCCUGAUGUGGCCAGCGUGCAGUGCAGCAACUUUCCAGGUUUACCAGUCUUCAACUAUUCCAAGAAGGGCUGCCCCACCCUUGGUGAUGCUGCUGAGGACUAUGACUACUACAGGGGACAGGAGCUCACCACAAAGGGGUUGGCUCAAGGACACUUGGAUGGCCCUAGAAGUGACACUUUCCUUGACUUUGACCUUUGCUGCCUCCUUCCCUUGGGCUUCUAUGUUUUGAGUCUCUUCUGGCUCCUAUUUGCCUCUGCUAUCCUCAUCUGGCUGCUGCUCCAGCUCCAGAAUAUUAGACCCCAGGCCCGUGGCCAGCCUGAAGCUAUACAUACUGCUCACCUGGAGCUGCAGAGGGGAAGGCAAGUGACUGUGCCCCGGGCCUGGCUGCUGUUUUUUCAGGGGUCACUGCCUACUUUCCGCUCCAGCCUCUUCCUGUGGGUAAGGCCCAAUGGCCGUGUGGGGCCUCUAGUGGCAAGACAGUGGCCCUCAGCCCUGAGUCUGGGUCGUGGUCAAGAUCUGUUAGGCACAGUGGGUCUCAGGUACUCUGGCCACAGUCUCUGA